GAAAGGCAGUGAUCAGACUGCCUGUACUACUGACAGGAGCCACUCCUGGGAAUAUUAACAGGGUGGGUGCACAGGAGUCCCCCGGAGAUACCUACGGAGAGACAGCUUCUGCUGGAGCCCUGCGUCAGCUUGCUUUUUACAAGUACAUAGGCGGAGCAAACAGCAACUCUGCCCUGGCCGGCAGGGAAACAAUGAAGAUGGACAGGUUUAUUGAAAGGAAUAGCACACUGAAGACGUUUCUGAUGACAGCACAGGAAGAUAUACCUUUGCCUACCACCCAGCAAGCAGAGAAGGAGUGCCACAAUGUACAAGAUAAGUUGUUUGCAACUCACUUGUCUUUGGACUUCCAGUCACAGCUUCACCAAAAUCCUGCCCACCUCUCCAGUGAGGUGCAGGUUCAGCUCAGACAGGGUUUUCGAAAUUUGCCAUCCCGUAACAGAAAGGCAUUCAGCAUGUAUGGAUCCCCCAGCAAAAUUGAAUUUGUGCUGAACUGUCAGCAGAGGCCGAAGAGCAUAUGCCUGGCUGAGAGGGGCAGGCCACCAGAAGAAUAUCAUUCUUUACCAAAAUCGCCACCACCACAAAUGCAGAGCACUGUGAACAAUCUGUUUGACUUACUUAGGCAGCGCAGGGGAAAAAAAGAGCAUGCAGAAGGAGAUACAAAAAGAGGUCUGGUGGAAGAAGUUAUAUCCCCUGAAGAGAGUCUCUUAAGAAGAAGGAUGGAAAACAGACGUCGACCACUGAGCAUGACAUUUUUGGAAAUCAAUAGACUUACUCAAUACAGUGACCAUUCUGCACACCAGGAUGACAUAUAUCAGAGAACUGUGGGAUUUAGCCAGACCAGCAGUGGCUCUACUUUUCCAAGAUCUGGUUUUUUGUGGGGUAGUGCCCACCGAUGGAAAAUGUUUGGUAAAGCCAACGGAGAAGAUGGAAAGCCUGGGCAAAAGAUCAAAAAGGAUGAUAGCCCUAAAGGAACAUUUGCAUCCCUAAGGAGGAGUUUAAGCUUCAGGAUUAGGAAAGGACGAGACAAAAAUGAAUUGACUGGCAAGGAUGCAAAGGUCCGAGCCAAAAGUGACAGUGAUGCCAGUCUUUAUCCUCUCAGACCCUUUUCCUAUUUGAAUGGAGGUGUUUUACCUAUCCAGUGCACAAAAGACGAAGGAGUUUUUAAGUAUAUGCAGCAACAAAAAAAAAAUGGAAAUAUAUGUUCUACCAAUGAUGAGCUCACCCGGGUCAAAGAGGAUGAGCAAAGUGUGUGGCAAAUCCUGACCAGUCGAUUCAAGAAAAAAGAUCAAACAUCUGUUGGUACAUUGCAGAUAAAUGUCGAAACCAAAGAGCCAAGGAAAAUUCCCUGGGGUAGGAAUAAGCAAACAGUACCUGUUGCUUUCAGUGAAAAAACCACAACCCAAAAUUCCUUUGUCAACAGUCAAGAGUGGACACUAAGUCGAUCAGUUCCAGAACUCAAAGUGGGUAUAGUGGGAAAUCUGUCUAGUGGGAAGUCUGCUCUCGUUCACCGGUACUUGACUGGCACAUAUGUCCAAGAGGAGUCCCCGGAAGGUGGUCGAUUUAAGAAAGAAAUUGUUGUGGAUGGACAAAGUUAUCUUCUCCUUAUUAGAGAUGAGGGUGGUCCACCAGAACUGCAGUUUGCAGCCUGGGUUGAUGCUGUGGUCUUUGUCUUCAGCCUAGAAGAUGAAAUCAGUUUUCAGACAGUUUAUAAUUACUUCCUCCGGCUGUCAAGCUACAGAAACACAGCAGAAGUACCUCUAGUCCUUGUGGGCACUCAAGAUGCGAUCAGUGCUGCCAAUCCUCGAGUUAUUGAUGAUUCCAGAGCAAGAAAGUUGUCUAAUGACCUGAAACGCUGUACCUACUAUGAAACCUGUGCCACUUAUGGCCUCAACGUCGAACGUGUAUUCCAAGAUGUUGCUCAGAAAGUGGUUGCUUUACGGAAGAAACAACAGCUGUCAAUAGGCCCAUGUAAAUCCCUACCUAACUCUCCAAGCCAUUCCUCAGUUCCGUCCUCCUCCAUUCCAUCUGUACAUAUUAACCAGGCUGCCAAUGGUGGCGGAACAUUUAGCGAUUACUCUUCCUCUGUUCCAUCAACACCUAGCAUUAGCCAGAGAGAACUGCGAAUUGAGACCAUUGCUGCCUCCAAUACACCCACCCCUAUAAGAAAGCAAUCUAAACGCCGAUCCAACAUCUUCACCUCUCGGAAAGCCAGUGAACCAGCGAAGACUGUUGACUGUAAAACUGACAACAUUGGAAGUGGGCGAGCAAUUCCUAUAAAGCAGGGCAUACUUCUAAAGAGAAGUGGCAAGUCUUUGAACAAAGAGUGGAAAAAAAAAUAUGUGACCCUCUGUGACAAUGGAGUUCUAACCUAUCACCCCAGUUUACAUGAUUACAUGCAAAAUGUCCAUGGUAAAGAAAUUGAUUUACUGAGGACGACAGUGAAAGUACCGGGAAAACGGCCUCCAAGAGCAGUGGCUACCAUUGCACCCACAGCCAGCCCAAAAACCAAUGGGAUUACCAAAGACAGAAGCAACCUUCAGAUUGCACAGGGAACAGGUGGGGCCUCGCAUUCAAACAGCAGUGGUUCUCUACAGUCAGAGCGCUCUGUAAGUGGGACGAAUCUUGUUGCUUAUGGUGGUAAGCCUGAUGGAAUGCACCAUCGUUCCUUCUCCGUAUCCAGUGCAGACCAAUGGAAUGAGGCAGUCAUCACCCCCAACAGUGGCACAAGCACCAACACAGGGGCAGCUAAUGGAACAGCUGAUUCAUUAAGCUCCAGCCCAAAUGUGCCAAGUACAACAAGUCCUAAAUUAGAACCUCCACCAUCACCUCAUGCUAACCGAAAGAAACAUCGAAGGAAAAAGAGCACUGGCGCAACAAAGCCAGAGGGACCUGUGGCAGGCAGUGAAGAGCUAGAAGAGUCCUUUGAAUUCAUCAUUGUAUCACUUACUGGUCAAAUGUGGCAUUUUGAGGCCUCCACCAAUGACGAAAGAGAAGCAUGGGUCCAGGCAAUUGAAAGUCAGAUUUUUGCUAGUUUACAGUCUUGUGAAAGCACCAAGAAUAAGUCGCGCUUGGGGAGCCAGAGUGAUGCAGUUACCAUCCAGUCCAUUCGUAAUGUUCGAGGGAACAGCUUUUGUGUUGACUGUGAAGCACCCAACCCAGACUGGGCUAGUUUAAAUUUAGGAGCACUAAUUUGCAUCGAGUGUUCUGGAAUCCAUCGGAACCUUGGAACACAUUUAUCCCGGGUGAGAUCUCUUGAUUUGGAUGACUGGCCUGUGGAGCUUACAAUGGUGAUGACAGCAAUUGGUAAUGCCAUGGCAAAUCGUGUGUGGGAAGGAGCUGUGGAAGGUUAUACUAAACCAACUCCGGACAGCACUAGGGAAGAAAAAGAAAGUUGGAUUAGAGCUAAAUAUGAGCAGAAGCUCUUUUUGGCUCCCCUUCCUCAAUCCGAUGUGCCUCUGGGACAGCAACUUCUUCGUGCUGUUGUGGAAGAUGAUUUAAAACUAGUAGUUUUACUUCUAGCUCAUGGAACUAAAGAGGAAGUCAAUGAAACAUAUGGGGACGGAGAUGGAAGAACUGCACUGCAUCUGUCUAGUGCUAUGGCUAAUGUUGUCAUUACACAGCUUUUAAUAUGGUAUGGUGUUGAUGUGAAAAGCCGAGAUGCCAGGGGUUUGACUUCACUUGCAUAUGCACGGAGAGCUGGUAGCCAGGAAUGCAUUGACAUCCUUGUCCAGCAUGGAUGCCCUAUGGAAAAUUUAAUCCCUGUCCCAACACCCAAUCUAUCACGUCGUAACACAAAUGUCAACAAUAAUUCCCAGUAUGAAAUGAACCGCAGUGCAAGUAUUAUCUAGUUGCAGUGGGUGAAACAACAAGGAUUACGUUCUUCCACAAGACUGCCCAUCUGGCUCCCCCCUUUAUCCUCAUUGAUCUUUUCCUACACUUUCUGUGCUGCCUGGCAUCUUCCUCAUCUGUGUUGUCUCUAAGCUUUCUUGUUUCACUGGACAUGGCAAUAUGGCUUAAAAGUUGAGCACUGUGAGCUGAGCUGGCAUGCGGAUUGUAUUACCGCCUUAUGAAAAAUUGAAUUCUUUUCCAUUAGGUUAUUACAGUCAGAUUCAGCUGAACUGGAAUUACGAGGAAAAAAAAAGACUAAACACAGUUGAAAGAAAAUAUUCAGUAUGCAUUCAUUGGGCUUGCUCCCUAGCUUACUGUAAUUGUUUUUUUAUUAUUAUUAUUAUAAGAAUGUAAAACAACCUGUAUCAGAUUAUAUUUGCUGGCAAACAUCACUGUAACAAUUCUAGGGGGCAGCACAUAUAGUGUUUAAAAUGAGGGUGGGUGUGAUUAAGUAGAGCACUUUUAAAAGAAGUUUCAUUUGCCUGGCUUUUUAAAUGAUGCUGUUCUUCUUUUUACUGUAAAUGUCAACUUUCUAUUGAGUGAAGUGCAGAUCACAUUCAUUCUUGCCUCUUCCAGAGACAGACAGCACAACCUCCCCAAAUCAAGAUAGAGUAUACUUCAGUGCUGAUCUUGGAACAUCAAUAGUCCUGAAACGCUGUACAGCACUUCUAAAACAUGUAUUCCUUUUCUUUUUAUACCAGUUCUGUGCUGCAUACUUAAAACUUGCCUGCAGUCAUUUUGCACAUGGUUUAAACUUUGUGUACCAUAUUCUAAAAAGCCUGCCUGCUUCCCCUCCAGUGUUUCUGUUGCUAAUGUCCACCCAUUUUAACUUGCCUAUGCUUUACAUCUGAUUAGCCUUAAUGUUAAAUAGCCUUGUCCAUUGGUAAAAUGUGUGCAGUUUUAUUUUUUCCACGAAAUGAGCUGCAUAGUAUUAAGGCCAAUUGUUAGCUUUUAUGGGUUCUACAAACUUCUGAUCAAUGAAAGCCUUCAGUCUGCAGAAAGUCCUAAAGUAUGUUUGAUUAAUGUAUUUUUUUAUUCUUCAGAGAGAUGUAUGUGUGUUUCCGUGUAUUUUUCUGCUGCUGUUUGGUUUUUUUUUACUUUGCUUUGUUUGAAGCCUUCCGGAAGCAUUUCUUGUUCAGGUGUAAACCAGACCAGUUAUUUUGAAGGUUUGCAAGUAAACCAAAAAUGUUGUCUCAAGCAAGACAUUAAUGACCCUGUUUAUAUUAUCUGAAAUAAUGAAUUGAAUGUUUUCCUUUUAGACUGCAGGUUUAUCAUCUGCUUUUAGAAGCAUAUAAUGUACAUGCAUGCUGUUUAGCUAGACUUUGUAAGAUGUUAUUGUGGUCUCACUUCUAUUUAUUUUUAGUUACACAAAUAAAAACACAUUUUGCAACAAAUUUUGUUUUUUUCAAAAGUGAAAGAACCGUUUUGAAAUGACUACUGUGCAAACCACAAAUAGUUUUUAACCAAGGAGCCCCCAGCUAUUCCUAUUAUAUAGUUCAAAGGUGUAUGCUAUUAUUACCAUAGGUAAAAUGGCCAAAUAAAAUGAUGAGGAGGACAUCUUGUGCAGGUAAUAAAUAAAUAAAUAAAUGUAUGAAGAUAAUUGUAUUUUAGUUAAGUUUGGUUUUACAGUUCACCAGUUUGGUUCCACACCAGCCUUCCACAAUUUCACUGUGACCCAACACAACACACUGUUGAAACAAUUGUGAUUGCUUUUGGAUGCUUUAUAUAGUGAAUUUGUAAAAUUGUUCCACUCUAUGUCCUCAUUUUCUUUGAAGGAGUCCCGUGCAGUGUUAUUUUUAAUGGAUGAAUGUUUUUUUUUUUUUGUUUAUUUUACUUUGAAGGCCUUAUUUUACAUGGCAAGUUGAUUUCAGUGAAUACAUUUGCUGAAGCAGUAGCAAAGAGAAGUUAAGUACAGUGAAUGUAGAAGCUGACAGCAUAGACACAAGACAGCUGAUGGUUCCCUGUCAUUUACAGAAGAUAUUAAAAUAAGAGGUGAUUGUCAAGAUUGAAUAUUAUUUUAUCAUUUGGAAUGUAUAACUAUUAUCCAAACAUAGUUGUUGCAGCCCUUUUUUAAUACUAAAAAGGAACUAUGGAUCUCUAUUUAUAUAUCCAGCCAGGCUAUUAGAGCCAUUCUGGCAUUUACGGUUUUCUUAUGUAAUAGAAUUAAACAUUACAAAAAGAAAUACUUCAAAUGCCAUUUCUUAUGUGUGCCCCAACCCGCCCCACACUUCUGUGCUGAGGAGAGACCUUACCACUGCAGCCCUAGUGGGUGCCACUUUAUUCUAGAAUUUGCAGUCUGGAUUCAUUACUCCCUCUCGCAUUAUCAAGCCUUCAAAGUCAUUAGUGUAUGCAAAGACAGACAGAUAUCGUAUUGUAUACAGAGGGACAAUUUCAUUAAUAUCAAAUGUUUCAAAUACCUUUUUAGGUGUGGUUUCUUAAUUACAUCAGAAAAGAAUUCAGGUUUCUAUGCUUAAGAAUGUACCCACAAAUAUAAAAAUUGGUUGAAAGUAUGGGCAUUUGUUAUGAAUUCAACUUGUCAGAUUUUACAUGAGAUAAAAAGCAGGAAUUAGGUUUGGAUUUUUUUUUUUGGUUUUUUUGCCUUCAUAUUAAUAAAUAUUUAUUAUACCAAUAAUGCACAUAAUGCUUAUACUGUGUUAUAAACAGUAUUUAGUUAAUAUGGUAGAUAAAAAAGUGUCCUCAUAGCAGGUUGUUUAUAUAAACUUUGCUAUAGGAUUGAGCAUCUGAAGUAUCCAGUAAGCUGAUGAGAUUUUAAAAGAAAUUAUUAAACCCACCACAUGUGGUUUUCAUUAAUUGAAAAGCAUGUUGUAGUUGAGUGAUUAAAAUUAAACUAUCAUUUUUUUCCCUAAAUGCUUGGGAAAUAUUUCUUAUGCACCUGUUUAGUCAAUGAAUGUUUAUUUUAUUUGGUACUGCAAACUCAAUAGUGGACCCUUUUUAAAGCAAUUUUUGUGUCCAUUUUUAUUCUUCCUUUAAACAUAAAUGCCACAUAUAUGCAUUUAACUUCAACUUAUAUUGCAAGUCAGUGGUGGAUUCAAGUCCAACUCAACACUAUGUCCCACAUACUGUAAAAGAAAAGACUGGCAGCUAGCAAGCUUUAAAUCAAAUUAAUAUUCUGGACAUUCCAAUGUUUUUGUGAUAUUUUAUGUUCAAGACCAAUAAAUCCCUUAGUGCUGUGUUUUACAUAGUAUAUUAUGGCUUGGCUUGAAUGCCAGCACUCAUCUUGUGCUUACUUGUCUCCCUUGAUGUUCCUUUAGAUUGAUUACCUGUUGCAGUAGGAUAUUCUUGGGGGGCUUCCUGGCAAAGGCAUUGCUCUGCAUUCUUACCUGCAAAUGUCUGUCUCCGUCACUUUGCUAUGAAACAAAAAGUGUAAGAAAGCAGCAUUGGUAUAAAGCAAAAUCAAAAAUGAAGCACAGCUACUUCAUUGUAGCCAUGUAUGCGUAUUGAUAUCGUAGCUUUCAUAGUCCAAGUUUCAUUACAAUUUAAAAAAAAAAGAGGCAGUAGAACUUAUGUUUAAUAUUAUGUUUACCAAUGCCUUUACUUUGAAGGCUCAAGCACAGAGAAAAUGGAGCAAAACCGUGUAUUGUGAUGUGCUUGUGAUGGAGAAGCAAGAGGUUUACUCCAGAGGCACAUUCAUAAAUGACAAGCGCUAGAAGUAACAUUUGACUCUUAGCUUUUGUCACAGGAUUCAUAUGCGUGUGUCCCUUUCCCUGAGGCGGAGACCGCGUGAAAACAGUCUGCUAUUGAAAGGCUCAAGUUCUCUCUCAAGGUAACCGCACCUAUUCUAGCAGACAUACUGUACUUGUUAAGUAAAAACUAGCAUUUUUAAAGAAUUAUCAGAAUGUACUAUUUCUCUUGUUAUGCCAAGUUGCUACCUCUGUAGACCCUUUUCUUUCCCAGCUUUUCACAGUAAGCACUGGCUUAAUGGUGUGCGUAAGCACAAAUAAAGCAAAAGAACAAUACACAUGAAGACGCCACCAGUAUCAGGGAGGACCGGAUUGCCUAGAAGUUCAAAUUAAUUCUAGAGUUUCUGAUUUUAUAUAUUUUUUAUAUAUAAACACUUUUUUUCUUUGUUGCUUUAGUUACCCAACUACCAUAAGAAAAAUUAAAGGUUAUCUCUAUUAAAAAAAAAAAA